AUGUCGUCCAACUCCUCCUCGGCCGCCCCACCGCCGCCCUCCAAGAGCAGCCCUCCUCCAUCGGCAGCCCCGCCGCCGUCACCGUCCAUCUCCAAUUCGUCCUCGCCAGCGCCGUCCAGCUCCAACGACCCCUCGCCUCCGCCUGCGCCGCCCAAGUCCAAUGGCGCCCCGGCGUCGCCAGCAAGGGUUCCGUCUCCACCAGCCCAAUCAUUCAGAGGCUCCGGUGACUCGAGCAGGUCGUCACAGACUUCUGCGCACCAUGUCAGCCCCAACACCACGGCCGAGAUCAUUUUCGCCGCCGCCGGGGCGGCGAUGCUCCUCGCGCUCCUCAUCGCGGCCUGCGUCUGCUGCUCGAGGAGGACGGCGCCGAGGCGGAGGCGGAAGCCUCACAAUCCCAUGCAUUUCUACGCCGAUACCUCCGGCAACAAAGCCGGCAGCACGUACUACACCGGCGGGCCGCAGCCGCAGUGCCAGAGCGGCAUCGGCGCGGGGCCGUCGACGAGCACGUCCCGCCCACCCGGGGCAGCCUGGCCGUUGCCGCCCGGCAUGAACUCGGGCGUCUACUCCAGCCCGCGCGACCAGCCGACGUCACCGCCCGCACCGCAGGAGACGCUGGGGCUCGGCAGGGGCACGUUCACCUACGAGGAGCUCGCGGCGGCGACGGGCGGCUUCUCGCAGUCGAACCUGCUCGGGCAGGGCGGGUUCGGGUACGUGCACAAGGGGGUGCUCCCCAGCGGCAGGGCGGUGGCCGUGAAGCAGCUCAAGUCCGGGAGCGGGCAGGGGGAGCGCGAGUUCCAGGCCGAGGUGGACAUCAUCGGCCGGGUGCACCACCGCCACCUCGUGUCCCUCGUCGGCCACUGCAUCGCCGGCGCCAGCCGCAUGCUCGUCUACGAGUUCGUCCCCAACAAGACGCUCGAGUUCCACCUCCAUGGGGAAGGGUUGCCGCCGAUGGCAUGGCCGACGAGGCUGCGCAUCGCGCUCGGGGCGGCGAAGGGGCUCGCCUACCUGCACGAAGACUGCCAUCCACGGAUCAUCCACCGCGACAUCAAGUCGGCCAACAUCCUCCUGGACAACAACUUCGAGGCCAUGGUGGCGGACUUCGGGCUGGCCAAGCUGACGUACGACGGCAUCACGCACGUCUCGACGCGGGUCAUGGGGACGUUCGGGUACCUGGCGCCGGAGUACGCGUCGAGCGGGAAGCUGACGGAGAAGUCGGACGUCUACUCCUACGGCGUGAUGCUGGUCGAGCUCAUCACGGGGCGGCGGCCCAUCGACGCCACCGCGCACUUGGUCCUGGAGGACGGCCUGGUCGAAUGGGCGAGGCCGGCCCUGUCGCGCGCGCUCGCCGACGGCGACUACGACGCCGUCGCCGACCCGAGGCUGCAGGGCAGCUACGAGCCGGUGGAGAUGGCGCGCGUGGUGGCCAGCGCCGCCGCCUGCGUCCGGCACUCGGCCAAGAAGCGCCCGAAGAUGAGCCAGAUCGUGAGGGCGCUGGAGGGCGACAUGUCGCUGGAGGACCUGAACGACGGGGUGCGGCCGGGGCAGAGCAGGCUGUUCGGGGAGGGGGCGGGGUCGUGCAGUUCCGACAUGAACCGGACCAAAGUGGUGGUCGUGGCGAGCCCCGAGUACAGCGGCAGGUUCGGACGGCCCUCGCCGGUCAGCAGCGACAGGCCAAUCUCCGACGAGAUGAGUCCGGCGGAGAGACAGCAGCCGCACCUCUGA